UGAUUUGGGCUGGCAGAGCUAUGAAAAGAGGCAAACUCGAGUCCUUAUUGGGCUGCAAAGGCCCAAUAAAAGAUUUUAGUUAUAGCCCAAAGUUAGUGAUAAUCCAAUCGGGUGAAUCCAACCUCAAUUAAAUACCCGACCCGAUACUGAUUGAUUCACUUCUUGUUUUCUGGAUCUUCGACGCGAACCGAAUCGGUGCUUGCUCGCCAUUAUCCUUGGAGCUAUCUUCUGAUACAGUGUAAUCGGAGAAGAGAAGAUGGGCAUUGUACCUAAGGAAACGAUUGAGGUUACAGCACAGAGUAUUGGGAUUACCAAUUUGUCACCUGAGGCUGCACUCAUGCUUGCUCCUGAUGUUGAGUAUCGUGUUCGUGAGAUCAUGCAGGAAGCUAUCAAGUGCAUGCGUCACUCAAAGAGAACGACUUUAACAGCUUCGGAUGUUGAUGGUGCUCUCAACUUAAGGAGCCUUGAGCCGUCAUAUGGCUUUGCCUCAGGAGGACCAUUUCGUUUUAGAAAAGCUAUUGGGCAUCAGGAUUUGUUCUACACUGAUGACAGAGAGGUGGAUUUCAAAGAUGUGAUUGAGUCCCCACUACCGAAAGCUCCCCUUGAUGCUGGAGUUGUCUGUCACUGGCUGGCUAUUGAAGGAGUGCAGCCAGCUAUCCCAGAAAAUGCUACUUUAGAAGUCAUCAGAGCACCUGCAGAUAACAAAAUAUAUGAACACAAGGAUGGACCUCUUAUAGACGUUAGGCUACCAGUGAAGCAUGUACUAUCUAGAGAACUUCAGUUAUACUUCCAAAAGAUUGCUGAACUUACAGUGAGCAAGUCAAGUCCUGCUCUGUUUAAAAAAGCAUUAGUGAGCUUGGCUUCAGACUCAGGACUUCAUCCUCUGGUUCCAUAUUUUACAAAUUUCAUUGCUGAUGAGGUAUCACGUGGUUUAAAUGACUUCCUACUCCUGUUUAAUCUAAUGCACGUUGUUAGAAGUCUUCUACAGAAUCCUCAUAUACACAUAGAACCUUAUCUGCACCAGUUGAUGCCAUCUAUUGUAACAUGCCUUGUAUCGAGAAAGCUUGGCAAUAGAUUUGCCGAUAACCACUGGGAGCUUCGAGAUUUUACAGCGAAUCUAGUUUCACUGAUAUGUAAAAGGUUUGGAAACACUUGCAUUACCCUUCAGUCUCGUCUUACGAAAACUUUAGUCAAUGCAUUUUUGGACCCAAAGAAAGCUUUGACGCAGCACUAUGGGGCAAUUCAAGGAUUAUCAGCUUUGGGGCACACUGUUGUACGCCUUCUUAUUCUGUCAAAUCUCGAACCGUAUCUAAGUCUUCUCGAACCAGAACUGGAUGCUGAGAAGCAAAAGAACCAAAUGAAGAGCUAUGAAGCCUGGCGUGUGUAUGGGGCCUUGCUGCGUGCUGCAGGCCUGUGCAUACAUGAUAGGCUAAAAGUCUUCCCAAAUUUACCAUCCCCUUCACCAAGUUUCCUCCAUAAGGGAAAGGGAAAAAUAAUCAAUGCUGAGCCACGUAAGCGGAAGCUGAGUGCUGAUUCUUCAGAAAACCAGCCACCCCAUAAAAGAUUGAUAACUACAGAUGGUCCAGAUGUGUUACGACCACAAGAUCGCACCGGUCCAGCUCCAAUGCAUGUAGAUAAACCGAUAGGAAAUUACAAUCUGCCACAAAACUCUGCUCAACCAUCCUCAUCAGAACAAGCUUCUGAUGGUGAAAGCAGAAACGGAAAGGAGAAAGAAAGAGGCAAGAGCCGGGCUAUUUCCAUGAAAGCAAUCCUUGGUCAGAUAUGGAAAGACGAUCUUGAUUCUGGACGGCUCUUGGUGAAACUGCAACAGCUCUAUGGUGAUAGGAUUCUUCCUUUUAUCCCUUCUACAGAGAUGUCAGUAUUCCUCUAAACCAUUAUGUGAUACAUUUGCGGUGAGAACUCAUGGUUCUACGCUUGGAGAGAGAGAUUAAACUACCAUCUGAUUUGUGAUCCAUAUGAACUCAUUCAGAUCCGUGCCAAAGUCCUCGGGUCAACUCUUUAGUGAAUCUUCCUGGCCUUGAGGGACAUCGAGCAUCUCAGGUCUUUAGCAGAAGUCUACAUGUAGUGGUUUGAGUUGUAUUGAACCAAGUAAAGGUUGAGGGCUUCCUUGAAUUCUCAGUCUUCCAAUGUAUAUAUUUAGUGGAUUUUAGUGAUUGAUUACUUGGUGAAUUUAUUUGUUCCGUCUGAAGAGGCUCGUUACAUGUAAUUUUCAAAUCUAUAUGUAGUCAUGUAGAUUGCAGAUAUUAAUGUAUUUGCUUAUUGCUCGUUAUAUUGAUACAUCUUUGUUA